CUGAGAGCUAUUUCCAAGGUCUCUCAAUUGUUGUAAUUGGAAAAGCGCAUACUCUCUCAAUCUCUCCCCCUGUCUGUGCUCACGACUUGUUGUUUACGGGCAUCACAAUCUGUUUUGUGCCUCUUAUCGGUAGUUUCGUUUCACAGACCGCUCCAGAUAACAGCACUUGUAUGCCCCCAGCUUCAAGUAACCAUUGACCGGCAGUCUAUAUUCCUCCUCCACCACGAAACCAGGUACCUUUCUUCUGUGGUGCGGAUCAGCAGAGGAGCUUGAUUGGUAAAAAUGGCAUCAGCAGCAGCAACCAAACGAGUUCUCUCCAUCCAGAGUCAUGUGGUGCACGGCUAUGUGGGCAAUAAAGUAGCCACCUACCCGCUUCAGUUGCUGGGCUUCGAUGUGGAUCCGUUGAACUCCGUACAAUUCUCAAAUCACACGGGCUACAAGACCUUCAAGGGACCCAUUUCCAACGAAAAAGAGCUUGUCACGAUCAUCGAAGGCCUGGAGGGGAAUGAGCUGCUGGGCCACUACUCCCACCUGUUGACCGGCUACAUCGGCAAUCCACUGUUCCUACGCGAGGUGGGAAUUAUUGUGCAGAAGCUACGCCAGGCUAAUCCCAAUCUGGUAUAUGUAUGUGAUCCUGUUAUGGGCGACAACGGUCAGCUGUACGUUCCCAAGGAGCUGCUGCCUAUCUAUCGUGACGAAAUCAUUCCUUUGGCGGACAUCAUAACUCCGAAUCAGUACGAGGUUGAGCUGCUCACGGGCAAGGAGGUGCGCAGCGAGACUGCUGUGUGGGAGGCCAUGGAUUGGUUUCAUAAGCGCCAGAUCAAGACGGUGGUCAUCUCCAGCAGUGAUCUCGGCCAGCCGGGCGUCCUGCGUGCCUUCCUAAGCCAGCUGAAUGGCCCCAGGCUGGCUAUCGAUAUACCCAAGCAGGGCGGCAAGGAUCUGGUGUUCACCGGCACAGGCGAUCUCUUCGCCUCCCUUUUCCUCGCCCAUAGUCAUGCCUGUGAAGAUGUAAGCGACGUCUUCGAGAAGACUAUUGCCAGUCUGCAGGCAGUGAUCAAGCGGACUGUCGCGGCCCUACCGCAUAACGACGGCCCAGUCAAGGCCUGCGAGCGCGAACUAAAGCUGGUGCAGAGCAAGGCGGAGAUCGAAAAGCCUCAGGUUCUCCUCAGAGCGCAGCGCCUUAACUAGACCACGAAAUUGCCCACGCGGGGUCAGCCAGACAAUAAUCUUCUUUUUGGUACCACAAGAUGAACAGCAAUUACGUUAAUCAUAUUAUAUUAUUAUACUAUUAUAUACAACAGAUCAACGAUUACCUUAAAUAAAUAUAUGCUUAUUGUA